AUGGCGACUGUGAGAGCCUGCGGCCGGAGGCGCACGGUGCUGCGUGCUCCAGCGGCCCGCAGCGCAGACCCUCCAUCUUCCUGCUUGGCCUCCCGCCCCACUUGCCCCAGCCUUAGGGGUCCCACUUCUCUCCGGCUCCCCAGCCCGCCCCCACACCUCCCACUUCCCUCUGUGUCUCCCCGGCCCGGUCCCUCCCCCGCCACACACGCUGACGCGCGCGAACACACACACACACACACACACACACACACUGACACGCCAGCGAGCUGCUGGCUGCUCAAUGGACCGAUUUCCCCGCUGUCUCUGAUACCAGCCCAGCCCAGGAUGAGAAACUGCAAAAUGGCCCGGGUCGCCAGUGUGCUGGGGCUGGUCAUGCUCAGCGUUGCCCUGCUGAUUUUAUCGCUCAUCAGCUACGUGUCCCUGAAAAAGGAGAACAUCUUCACCACUUCCAAGUACGCCAGCCCGGGGGCGCCCCGAAUGUACAUGUUCCACGCGGGAUUCCGGUCGCAAUUCGCGCUGAAGUUUCUAAACCCGUCAUUUGUGCCCAUUACGAAUUCUCUGACCCACGAACUCCAAGAGAAACCUUCUAAGUGGACAUUUAAUCGGACGGCAUUUUUACGUCAAAGGCAAGAAAUUCUUCAGCAUGUCGAUGUAAUAAAAAAUUUUUCUUUGACCAAGAAUAGUGUUCGGAUCGGACAACUGAUGCACUAUGAUUAUUCCAACCAUAAGUAUGUUUUCUCUAUUAGCAAUAACUUCCGAUCGCUGCUUCCAGAUGCGUCGCCCAUUGUGAAUAAGCAUUACAAUGUCUGUGCUGUGGUUGGAAAUAGCGGGAUCCUGACAGGGAGCCGGUGUGGACAAGAAAUAGAUAAGUCAGAUUUUGUUUUCCGUUGCAAUUUCGCCCCCACGGAGGCCUUCCAAAGAGAUGUUGGAAGAAAAAUCAACCUUACCACCUUCAACCCCAGCAUCCUGGAAAAAUAUUACAACAACCUCUUGACCAUUCAGGACCGUAACAACUUUUUCCUCAGUUUAAAAAAGCUCGAUGGGGCCAUUCUUUGGAUCCCUGCAUUUUUCUUCCACACUUCAGCAACUGUGACCAGGACAUUAGUUGACUUUUUUGUUGAACACAGAGGUCAGUUAAAAGUCCAGUUGGCUUGGCCUGGGAAUAUAAUGCAACAUGUCAACAGGUACUGGAAAAACAAACAUUUGUCACCCAAACGGCUGAGCACAGGUAUUCUUAUGUACACUCUUGCAUCAGCAAUAUGUGAAGAGAUCCAUUUGUAUGGAUUUUGGCCUUUUGGAUUUGACCCCAACACAAGGGAAGAUCUUCCAUACCAUUACUAUGACAAAAAAGGAACCAAAUUUACCACCAAGUGGCAGGAGUCCCACCAGCUGCCUGCCGAGUUUCAGCUGCUGUACCGCAUGCACGGGGAAGGGCUCACCAAGCUGACUCUGUCACACUGUGCCUAAGGACUUCGAACAGAAAGUGCCAAAUGGUGGUUUAAAAGUGCCCCAAGUCAAAUUGAAUAGUCACCAGAUUAGAACCCUAAAGAAUUUCUUAUAAGGAGUGUCUGCCAUUUGAAAGGAGUCUUCCCUCCCUCUUUUGCACUGCUCCUUUAAGGACCUUAACUGGACAGAUGCGUUGAAGCCGCCUGAUUUAAACUUGAUUGAUAACGGGAAUGUUGCAUUUGGAACCAUGCUGCUAACGAAAUGGUCUGAAGUAUGUUCAUGCUUGUACUUUAAUAAUACGCUGCCUCUCAGUUUUUAUGAGGACUAGAGCUGGGGCUGCUGCAGCUUUGCUCACAGGUGGUCCUCAUAAUGAGAGGCCUCUGGCCAAUCUGGGCAGGACUUCAUCUUUUCCUGCUCGGGAUUGGACUCUUCAAAAUGGAAACAUAAGAAAUUGGUUUGCAUAUCUCAUCUCUCCUUCUCUACCCUCUCUUUCCCUCUCUCCCUCUCUCUCUCCCUGCAACCCCUCCCCCUUUCCUCACCCCCAUGGAGUUUAAUAAUUUGCUAGGAAUCAUAGUGAAUUAGCUUUGCUUGUAUGUGUUGCAUCUGUAUGUGAUGUGUUCAACGAUCUGGGUAACUUUGAUGUUUCACCACAAACCGAGCAAAUCAUGAUGGAUCUCCUUACAAAUACUUUUCUAAGAAAUGCCUUUUACAAAGGUCUCAUGAGUCCAGACAGUCAUUCUACAGCAGAGUGGUCCCUCUGGGGCGAGUGGCACACGAUGCAGUGCGUCUUUCACUGUCACAAAGGAGGCCUGUGUCGUGGGUCCAUAGCACCAGGCAGAGUGCUACUGUGGCAAACCAUUCUGCUGCCACACCUGCAAGGGCGCUCCAGCCUGGGUUUAGUGCCUCCCACAAUCCCAACCCAGACACUGGGCUGGAAGUUCUCUCAGAGUAUAGAAGCAAUGAGUCAGUUUAAGAACCUGGGGCACAGAGAGAAGGAAGACGAAUACUUAGAAGUUGUUAUGGAUGCUGGAUAGUCUAAAGUGCUGCAACCAGGUUGCCCAUUCAGAGCCUUCAAAAGCCAGCAGGAUUCAAGCAGAGUAGAAGCUUCAAGGUCGGCCAGGCCGGGCCCCCGUGUGAACGGUGCUCAGGUGAGGCGACCUUCACUACCACUGUGUCAACCAGCACCGCUCCAGGACAAUCUGUUCUCUCGAAGACAAUGCAGACAUUGGAUAUUCCCUCUUUCCACUGAAAUCAGAUCAGUGCAUCUACAAAUUAAGCAUUUCAAAAGGAAACGCCAUUGCGUAGUGGCAAGAUCUGGUACAAAUAACUCUUGGAAUUUGAGAUGCGAAGAUCUGCCAUGAAGGAAUUAGGGGGCCAUUCUCUCUCUCAUUAUUUCAGCCUCAGGAGUGGAAAUCCCAUCACUCCCCGCCCUGGCUUUUCACUGAGCAGCACUUUGUUCUUUCAGUUCGGCCAGAGUCUGGCCAAGUUGAUGUUAAAUUUUAAUAAGAGUUUCUUUCUUCUUUCCAAAUGCCAGUCAAGCAUCUUUGUAAUACACUUGGGUGGGGUAGCUUGUUCUUUUCCAGAAAUUUCAUCUAGGUUUCUUGCAAUGCUACAAAUACUGUUUAAAAUAACUGCUGCUGUUCAGUCAUCAGCUCACGACCCCUCUUUGGGAAGACAUAAUAAUGCCUAAAAUUAAGCCAAAUACAAUACGGAAAAAAAUAGCCCUUAUGUUCAUGUUCUGCCUGGUUCUGAAGAGAAGGUGUCUUAAUUUUUUUUAAAGCUACUCAGAGAAGCAGACAUAGAUCCAGAUAUUCACUAAUGAAAGAAAAAUCGUAUAAACCAAUUGCACACACAUCUUACAACACUGACGGAUGGCAAUCAUCCAAACAGACAGGAAUAGGAAUGGAUAUUUCAAAAUGGAAGACAGUGAAAACAGCUCGAUACUUGAAAUAAUUGGAAGGGGAAAUAUUUUUACACUUUAAUUCAGUGGUGUAAUUUGAUGCACAGCAGAAGCACAGUGUGCUUGCUCCCCGUUUAAACAGGACAGCGCUGCAGUUCUCGCGCUGCAGUUCUCGCGCUGUGCUCUGCUGGGGUCACCAUGAGACUGGUAACUGGCAGACGUUUACUUGGCUCUUCCCGAGCACUUCUUCAUUUGGUUACAGCCAAGUAAUGCUAAUGCCAAUAUUACACAGGCCACACUUGGACUCUGGAGUUUCAAUCCCAAUGUGCCCAUUGCAUUUCACUAAAUAUAAAUAUGUAGACCCUUUGGAACCAGGCAGGUUAAAAAAAUCAAAGAACUAGAAUCCAUAAAACCAGGGAACUGGUCUAUGGUGGGCCAUUUCAUUUAGAUCUCAUCACAAUGCCAAGUGUUUGCUGGUUUUCUUAAAAUCUCAUUUCCCCCUUGUUUUCAUCUUAAUCCAUAGUGAGAGGACUUUUCCGUCUCCCAAUAUCAUUUCAUCUAGCACAGGGGUGUCAGACUCAUUUUCACCGAGGGCCACAUCAGCCUCAUGGUUGCCUUCAAAGGACCGAAAUAAUUUUAGGACUGUAUAAAUGUAACUACUCCUUAACUGUCAAGGAGUUGAAAUUACAUUCGGCCCUUUGAAGGCAACUGCAAGGCUGAUGUGGCCCCUGGUGAACAUGAGUUUGACACUUUCACAAGAACUCAAAAUGUGAGGAAACAAGCUAAUCUUUCAGAACUAGAAGGGCUUAGAUAUCAGAUUUAUCCUGUUUCCAGGCAGGACUUCCUGGAUGAUCCAAAAGGACCAUCCUUCCCUUUUCUUUAAAAGUCCCUGAAGAAAACUCUAAGCCCUCCCACAGUGGUUAACCACAAUUCUCAUAAUUUAUAAAUUCUUUAUAUACAGUCUGUCUCCCUCCUAUUGCAAAAAAAAUAGAUACAAUAUGUGGGUAAAGCAUUUACCCAGUUUCAGCAUGUAGGAAGUACUCAAAAUAUAGCAGCUUUUACUGUUAUUUUUGUUAGUUAUGCCCCUGACCUACAGUUCUAUCACAGAGAAAAACAGCCUCUAGCCAGUCAUACAAAACCUCUCUUAGCUUUUCAAGAAUAUUUCAAAGAUUUGUAUAACCACUGUCAUGACCAAAAGAGCUGGUGGGUCCCCUGAGUCUGACAUGAAAGGCGCUGGAGCAAGUAACCAUAACUUCUGGGCUGUGUGGUCAGCAGUGACCUGGGAAGACAGGACCUGCAGCUGAGCAUCGGCUUUUUCACUGCCCUUGCUUCAUUGGUUCUAGGUUAAGUUCAUUCUUUCGUCAGAACCUGUCCUCUUUGCGGUUAUUCACUGCAGAAUCCACCCUCAGCUACUGGAAUGAAUUUCGCCAUAAAGCGCCCUAGGCUGUCUAUACAUGACACCAGUACAACCAACCAGGUCGGCUGCACAGGGGAAACCACCCACAGACGUGCAGCGACCUGCUGGAUGCUGGUCCCUCGGUUUUCAUCGUUCGAUCUGAAUGUCAUGUGCGGACAUGUAUUUCCAAGGGAGACGGAGUUAAAAUGUGACACAAGAAUGCCUCCCACUCCCAGAACAUCUCUUUCAUAUCUGAUGAUUAAACAUCUGUGGUUCCUCUGCCUUUGCUUCUGUGUCUUCAAUAUCCUUGACCUUUAUGAAAGUGCUUGUUCAGUACUUGACCUGUUUCGUAGUGUCAUGUGCCUAGCAGUGGGACUUGUACAUCAGACACCUGACCGUGGUGGGGCCGCCAGCCAGAAUGUGCAAAGGGAGAAGCCGCCUCAACCUCCUUGUGCCCAAGCCUCAAGUCACCCAUGAACGUGAACUCCAGGACUAACCUACUCAUGGGGAAGCCAAGGAAAAGAAGAGUGCUGCUCCUGACUUGGGGCAAAGUACUAGUUAUUAGGCACUCUCACGCAGCAAGGAGGGGCCGAUCUGAGGCCAAAGGGACCAGGGGCAGAAGUGCAGAGCCCUGGGACGCUGGAAACGGGAAAGCCUCUGAGCGUCUCUAGUCUCAACCCUUCACUCCACAAACAAGAAACGGAGAAACAGAGAAGCUACGUGAUGUUCCCAAGAUGGCACAGGUCAUCAGUGCAGAGGUUGGGACUCCUCACCCAGUGCUUCUUGGUCUUCUCACCAUCGAACGAAGAUGAGCUCAAGGGGGAAGUGAUUUUGGUCUGGGGUUCACAAGGCACAGAAAACAAGUUACAAAGGCUGCAAAGGAGGAAAAAAGAUGUCUCCCAAAUCAUUUAUUUCUCAAUGCAAAAUAACAAAGUACACACUUGCCUCCAUAUAUAAAAGCCCAUAGGUAAUAACGUCCAUUCUUCCCUAAAAUUAGAGAAAACCCUCCUGGUAAAUUAUGGUUCUGGCAAAUCACAAUACAUUUACUAUCAGUUCACAGUUGACAGAUGGAAUCUUCUCCAAUAAUCUAUUCAUCUUAAUAAAACCUUGUUUUAGUGAUACCUAUGCAUAAUUUAAAAGGUGAAUGCUGAAAUAAACGAGUAUGCACUUUUCCAUAUGCAUAAUUUUCAGCUGGGGCCCUUGAGGUUAAGAAAUACCUUUUGUCAAUGAGGUUAAAAAAUACCUUUUGUCAAUGCCUUCCAUAUUAUAAGCAAUUUCAACAGCAGACUUUGUGUUAUUGCAUUGAGUUCAAAUGUGCUAAGAUGGGCAAAUAACAGUGAAUAAUUGGGGUUGGGUUUUCAUGUGUAAAAUGACAGACUGAGCAAUUUUCUGUACAGUUCUAGAUCCCUGAGUCUUUUUUCCCCUAACUGUGUGAAUGUACUAGGCAAAAGUAUCUGUUUAGCCUCUCCUUCUCCCCGAAUGUGCAGAACUGUCCUUUUGCUUUCAAAGACAGUUGGGACUAUGAGCAUGUGGCUGGAAACCCAGACGGAGUACCACAAGUGCUGGGGACUCAGAGGCCCUAGGCCACCUGAUUGACUUGUCUCCGACCUGUGGCCCAAUUAAUCAAGGCCACGAGUGAGUUGACACCAAGGACCAAAAUGACUAAAUAUGCCUCUUUCACACUCUCAUCGCUUUGCCACAGCAUAUUUUAGAAUGUCAUUAUUGUAUCAUACAGUAUUUCUUAAAGUGUCUUUUUAUUGUGAUGAAUUAUUGAAGAUAUGUGUUCAAAUAGAUGUUUUUAUCCUUAAUGAUGCUCAUUCUCUUGCUGAUUGGACUGGAAUCAGAGUCAAGAGCCUGUGACAGAAUGACUGACUCCUGCUUAAGAUUACAGUGGGGUUACAGGGUUAGGACCUGGAUUAUGCUGCUGAUCCACCAGCAAACAGAGCUGUAUGACACGAGGAGCUCUUUAAAAUGCAGUUCUUACUCCCCAUCCCAGACCUUUGACUCAAUGUCCUGGGAUAAAUCCAGCUUACAAGUCCCAGGUGAUUGCGAUGUGGCCAGCAUCUGGGAUGCUGGCAACCAACAAUACAUAGCAAAGUCACACAUACCAUUAUGACCAAAGUAGCUGAAUGCUUAUCACUCCUCAUAUGAUUAGUAGCACACCUGUUCCUUGAAGUUAUCAGAAUACAUGGCAACACAGACACAGUCUUAGUGACUCAAUCAUUCAACCAUCUUGGGUAAAUUGACCAGUCACCACUUUGUAAGCAACCAGAACUGGUUAAUUUAGUCAAAAUAGGAACAAGUGUGAAGACAGAGUGGAGAGACAUAGCUCUAAUACAUUUUACCCCAAGGCCAACUCCUUAUAUUUCAAACUAAAAGGCAGAUCUCAGGUAACUUAUCUUUACAAAUAGAGAAACAGGGAAGUUAAAUUAAUCAUUCAGAUUCUACUUGCAUAUCAUUCCCAGAACUUAAAAUAUUCUUAAAAGGCUCUGAUUUCCCAGCCUCCAGGGAACAUCCAAAAUACAAACACCCCCAGGUUAAAAUGAAACCAGUCAAAAAAAAAGAAACCCAUGAGCUAAAAUUCUAAGACCAACUAUGUAAUGAGCGGUGGUCAGUUGGCACCGGCUGCCUGGUGCCAGCCUCUGGCGACUCCGGUGCCCCCGUCCUAACGCAGUUUGGGCGGGCUCCUUCCGCAGCUGUGCACGGCAGAGACUUGUACCAGCAGAGACAACAGGGCUCCUUUGAUUCCCCUCCUGUGAGAUCCAGAGACAAUGUUAGCUCUUGGGUGUGCUGCUACAUGUUUAACAACUGGCUCUGGAGCAUGAGGCCCUGGUUUGCAGCGCUUGCCAGUCUCUGUGGUGUAAAUACUCUCGCCAGACCCCGUUGCACCCUGCUGAGUGGAUGUCAACCAGCUGAAAACGUAACUAUGUUUUCAACAGCAGAUCAACUCCCGAGUCAGUGAGUACGAAAAGCUAGCAGUGGCUUUGGAGAACUCCCAAGUUCCCCCUCCCGCCAAGUAAGGCUCUCUACUUUGAUUAAUUCUACUAAUUUUUAGUAUAUUAUUGGGUCUCAGAGGCUAAGGACCUAAGGUGUUCAAAAUAUGUAUUUCCUAGCCAUGGGACCCUUAGGAACCUCUCAACAGACUCCUCGGUACCCUAGGAGAUUAUUAGCCAUGCUUGUCUAAUUUCUGAGAGUGACAUUCCACAGAAACACUUAUUUAACUGCCAGUUGAAACAAUGUUUGGCUGAUCUUUUUUAUACCUUAUCGUCCAUGGCCUGUUUGCCCACUUUUCUAAUUUUCCUCCUGCACUUGCUUCUCACCCUGACACAGCACAAAACUCACAGGCAUCCAGAACUCAGUGCCCGCAAAGGAGCAGGGGAAGAACAGGACACCCAGUCGGUCUCCCUGGCUCCACCACACCUAGAGAGGCCCCGCAACUCCGACGUCUCUACCCCACCAGGGGACACGCAGCCAAGUAGGCCUCGUGCCCAGGAGUGGAGUAUGCACUUAGCUGGGCUUCAGUUGUGCUCAGGAAAGCUCCACAUGGGCAAGAAACACCACUAAGUACGAACACCACAGGGCAAACUUUGCAGAGGAGGGCGUCCGUCAUGCGACGGCUUGCCCUUAGCCAAGUGACCGACUACAAGGCUGGACCCUGAAAAACACAACUAGCAGCAAACGUUUGGCCGCUGCAGCGCCGUGGGUGUUGAGUAGGACAAGGUUCCUUCUUCCUCCAGCCCAUUGUUAAGUGAAGACCCUGCGUACUAAGAGUGCGGAAAUCGGAUACCCUGGUGAGCCACAAAGGAAGCUUUGUUUGCAAAUUAAAGGGUUUUUUAAUUUCGACAGAAGUGAUUUUUGGGUGGGUUUAAUUAGAUCCUUUGGAAGGCAAUGAUGAAAAAACAAUGUAACUAAUUCCUCAUAUACAAUAAGCGGCCAUUGUUUUUUACUCUUUGAGUAGUACAUCAAAAUAAGAUCAUGAAAGAUCAAAUCUGCUUCUCUUGCUGUAGUAAAAUAUCCUAUAGGUUCAGUAAGGCAUUGCUCCACUGUAAAUGUUUGAAACUUGGACAUUUUCUAUAUGAUGUUUAAAAGGCCAGGGUAUGCCUCUGUUUUCUGCUCUCCUUAAGUCGUCUAAAUGAGUGUGUUUCUCUAUACUGAAUAAGCUACAUUUUGAUUUAACUGAAGCAGGUACACGCUCGGGUGUUUUUCUGUAUUCACAACAACUUGCACGUAGCCUGGGAACAAAGUAAGCCUUCAUUCUCCGGCUCUUUACCGGACACCAAAGAAGUAAGUCCAUGAACAUAAGCAGAAAGCACAUGCCAGCAGGCCCCAUUUAAUAAUAAAAUCAUAAUAAAAUGUGUUUAUUAUAUACAAACUCACAGCAACGCCAGCCGUGAGGGACCAGCCACUCUCAGAGCACCGUUAGCUAGGGAGGUGGGACAGGAAAACCAGUAGAUGAUGGGAGAGAGGUUUGCUCAAUGUGUGAGGGUGGAAUGAAGUCACUGAUGUACUUGCGAAAAGGAAGGGGAGGUUUCCCCCUGAAAUCUGGAAUCUAGACCAUUUUGCAAGACUUACAAUAAUUGGUCUCCAUGUCAGAAAUGCCCUUUAGCCUCAUUUUAAGAUCCAGAUCUGAGCCCUCACUAUGCAGAGAAGCAGCCUGACAGCCAAGCGCCCUGGAAGGAGCUUAUUGAUGGGUUUGGACCCAGUCAUUAGCACUGAAAUCACCCAGGAAACAGAACAGAACCGCUGAAAUCUCACAACGCAGCAUCACUUACUCACAUAGGACACAACAGGACUGCCCAGAUCUGGACGUUAUCUCAGGUCUAGAUUCCAGAUCAACGCCUCAAUGUGAAGAUGAGAAAACUGAGCUUCCACAGGCAGGACGUGACUUAUUUCCCAGCUAGGUAACCGGGAUUAGAGUCUGAGCCCCCGAACCCUGAUCUGCUACCCCGCGCCAUGCUGUCUCCACCCUUAACUCGGGAAGGCGACAAUCCGCUGUGAAAGCAUAAAUCAGAAGUCAAGACAAAAGACUGUUUGUGAUAUUUUCUCUCACUUAAACUGCUUGGUUUCACCAUUUCACUUUAGCAUUAUAUUAAAUAACAUAUCAGUUUAGAAAUAGGAACAAAGCUCUCUGUAAUGAUGAAACCAGAAGGUCCAAAAGCAUGAGAACAGUGCAUGUAAGUUAUUAAAGAAAUGAGCAGGAAGUGUGUGUCAGGGAAAAAUAAAUGCUUCUUAUGUUGUUAUAACCAUGGAGCCCUGCCCGCCCCCCCAUACUUGAUGCAUCUGUUUUGGAAAAUGCUCUUUCACGCUGAGUGACUGGCACGGAAGACUUCGCUGCCUGCCAGCCCCGUCAGAAGCUUUCUUGCUCUUUAGAAGAAUCCUCGGCCCUUAGGAAUCAGACUCAGCGUCUCCUGCAGGAGGCAGUGUCACCUGCUCUGACAAACGACCUGCCAGACUGGCAGGGCCGUGAGACCCGAGAGAUGCCGGCGCUGCUGGACUGCGGAGCUUCCCUGUAAAUACCGUCUGCCUUCUUGGUGAGCAAGGAUGGCCACCUUCUCUCACAGAGGUAACUGCGUGUGCUUUGUGACUGUAUAGUUCGUGAAGAAAAUGCAACGAUUUGCUUCGACAGCUCCCCACGUGUACCUGUUAAGUGUGAAUG